UCAGCUGCUACCCCGCGUCUCAGCAAAGCAAAAUUGACCCAUCCAGCAAAACAUGCCUGAGAGGGUGGAGAUCCUCUCUUGUCUUCUUUUCAGGAUGGAGGAAAUGAUGCACUUCCAUGCAAUUGGAGAUCAUUGCUAAGAUGAGUAUCGUUCUUGCAGCACUACCGAAGGCCAAAACCUUGGCUGUCAAGAAGACCAGACUCAUGUUUCUUGGGAUGCUGUCGAAGAGGAAGGUCCUAGCGAGUGCAAUCUCCAACAAGAUCCAUGCACUGAAGGGCCACGACAGCGGUGGAGGAUCUGGCCACGCUCUCGGGGGCUACAGCAAAGCGAUAGUGAUGUAUAAUGCUGCCAGAGAGGAGGUGUUCUCGAGUCCAGCUGAUCAUAGGGAGUCGCUCGAGUAUGUCGAAGAAGAUGAGUAUCCUGACUUGGCACACACUCUCUUUGACUUGGACGAUGAGCUGAUCGACAAUCCGUGCUCUGUCAUGGAUUUGGUUCGAGGCUCUGGAGAGGACGGCUUGGAAUUCAACCUCGAGAAUGAGAUCGAUCAUGUUGCCGAUGUAUUCAUAAGGAGAUUCCGUAGGGAGAUGAGGUUGCAGGAGCAGGAAUGAUUGAGAGGAGACCUCAGGAGAAGAGAGACUGCAUCAAGAUGAGCUGCAAGCUGAUCUCCAGGAGAAAAAGGUCAAAGAGAAGAGAAUCUGAAAUGAUAAUUUGGAUCGGCUUAUGAUUUCCAAUAUCUUCUUCCACGUUAAGCUGAACCGAAGAAUAAGUUGCAAGCAGCCAAAUUGCUACGUCCACAGAUUAUAUAUGCUGUCAACUUUAGUAUGCCUCUCAAUGGUGUUGAUGAUGAUCAUGUUUGAUACUUCAACAUGGUAUAAGAUCCUUAACUAAGAGUCAAGUGAAGCAGUGGAAAUCGGAAGAGAAGGCUGAUAUCAUAUCAUAUCAUAUCAUAAAGAAACCCCAUCAGCAUCUGGAGGACAACAGAACAACUCACUUGCAUGCUUUCAUUAGCAAUAUGUGAUCACCAAACAGAAGAGUUGCCUCUUAAUUAGUGAGGCACCAAAUAUUGUAUUACCCUUUCUGUAAGCUACAGCUCCUGACAUCA